GUCAGUCUGAGCCAGUGAGGGGAGAUGCCGGUGUUUUUCCUCAGGGGAAGGAGAGAGUAGCGAGCGUGGAUAGGAGGGUCCGGGAAGUGUGAUUGUAAGUGGCACUGUUCGUGCGGUCCCCUCCAUGCUAUAUCAAGCAUCUCCCCUGCCUCCACCAUCGUCGCCGUCGCCGUCAGCUGAAGAAGACCUCGUCGACGCCCUCUUUCACGCAUGCGACGCCUCUGGGUGCGGCCGAGUGCCUGCCGCCCAGAUCGCCGCCCACCUUGCCGUAAUCCUCUCUGAUCUGCAACCCAGAUGGCUGGUCGAGUCGUUAAAGGAUGCCCUGUGCACUGACGGGGAGGAAAACCAGCUGGAUAUUUCCACCUACCGAGGUUUGUUGACCACGUGGCUGCAGGAUCACGCGAGGGACGUUAAUAUCUUGAACAACCACAACACCGAUGCUGACGCUGAAGGUGACGCUGAGGGUGACGCCGACGCCGAUACAAGUUGCGACGAAGUUACCGACAUCUUUGCGUCACCUAAACCCAACCUCUCCGAGCAAGAGACGCAAACGCCCGUCAAUGUCGUAACGCCCACACGACCCUCGAAUACGCCGCGUGACUUGACGACCAACCCAACAGCCGCCUAUGCACUCAACGCCACGCCCUUGUUCGUCCCGACGCCCGUGAACCGCACUCAGGACUCCUUCGCGUGGUGCGGGACCUUGCGGGACCUUGGCGACGGGGGCGAGAUGGGCAGGACCCCCCCGCGCCGGCAGCUGCUCUACGAAGAUCGCCUCAGACAGUGCAUUGAAGGACAGUUCUCCUCGGGGAACAGCAUCAGUCUCAGAGACGACGGCAACUUCUGUCGAAUCACUAUUUCCCCCGAACUGAAGCCUAGUGUUAGUGCAGUGCCACUGACUAGUACUGAAGUGGCCAUAAUAGCUCAGAAAAGGCGUCGAUUGAUCCUCUGGUGCCGAGGCAGGGGUCGCAUGCGUCAUGUUAAUGCACUAUUCUUCUCAGUGAGCCACUUCCAGCCGGGAGAACAAGACACUGGCUGUUUGACUAAAAAAAGAAAUGACGAAAGACUUAAUGGAGAACCUUACAACUACAUGAUAUCCAUCUAA